UACAGCUCUCAAUCUAAAAUGGUAAUUUCACUCCUUUUUCUUCUGGAAUUUCCUAUUUUGACUUUGUCAAGUAAACACGUAAAUAUCGCCUAUAAGCAGAACAGUAAAGAAAUUAGUGUUCAGUUUGGUGGUCCAGCCAGUGCAGUAUUGGAUGGAAAUUUCUAUACAGUGGCUGUUCAUAACACUGCCUGCCUUCAUACAACAUAUAUUUAUAGGCCGUGGCUUGUUGUACAAUUGGAUAGGGCUUAUAUCAUUCGAGAUAUUAGAAUUCUGAACAGACACGGCUCUUCUGAUAGAUUGAAAAACAUUUAUAUAAAAACUAAAUUAUCAAGAGACAUAGCUACAAUCAAUUUUGAUGAUUACAAACUAUUUGGAUAUAAGGCAAACAGUCCCGGACCUUCUGGAUCUCAUACAUUUCAUUUUACUGACAAACCUCAUUACGGUUCCGUUGUUCUACUUUAUUUAAAUGACCACCAAUUUUUAAAUUUAUGCGAAAUGGAAAUAUGGACAUUGAAAAAUAUUGCUAAAUUUAAAAAUUCUACAAUGAGUUCAAUUGGCAGAUUGCCGAAUUAUGCUUUAGAUGGUCAGUCGAAUGGUCUUCAUAAUAUGGGACUUCAAAAUUGGUUAGCCCCAUGCGCAUGUUCAGAUAUUGAACAUAAUCCGUGGUGGAAAGUUGAUUUAGAGGAGAAAAGUGUUAUUUACGCUGUAACAACUAUUGGCAGAAUUGACAAAUUUUCAUUUCACAAUCUUCGAAUUGCAAUAAGUGAAAAUAAUACUCUACCUUCACCCAAUGUUUAUAGAGAAUGUGGCAAUUUUAACGGUAAUCAGGGAGUCUAUUUAACAAGUAGAUGUCCUCAAUGGUCUAUUGGCCAAUACGUUUCCGUUAUGAUUAAAUCGGAAACUGGGCAUACGGAAAAACUUACUCUAUGCGAAGUAGACAUAUUUGGUUUCAAUCUGUCAGAGUCUCUCAUCGUCUAUACAAUACUUUACGACGAUGAGAAAUACGAAUACAAAGGAGAGGAGGAGAAAGACUGUAACGGAAAUGUGAAAUAUUCAACCGAUAUCGCUUUAUAUAAUAAAACAGAGUUUGAACUUGACCUGACAGGUGUUGGUGUUGAUGACCUGUGUCAAAAGAGUAUAAUAUCUACAUCCGUAAUAUUUGAAUUAAACCAAUCGAGCGGAAUGAAAUACGAAAAUAUUUGCAGUUUAAUAAAUGUAAAAAAUGGAUAUAACAUCGAAAGAGAUAUGUUUAGUUCUUGUAAAUAUAAAUGUGAAUGCAAUGGUUUCGUCUGCAAAUCAUUUUCGCUAUUUAUUUCAAAACGACUGCAAAUAUUUUUUAAGGAGAUGUAUGUAUUUUUUAAAAUGAAUUAAUUCCAACAAAACUCUAUUUCCGUUUGGAAAUUACGUCAUAAUACACAUUUUUGAAAAAACAUUAAUCUAUUAUACAAAGUUGAGUUGGGUCGACAUUGUAAAACUUUGGUUAUAUUUUACAUGCUUGAACUCUAUUAUUUGAUGCAAUAUAUACAUGUACAUCUUAAAACCUACACAAGAAAAUGCUAUAACAUUGGCCAAACAUAAGUCUCAUUAGUCAGCUUCAAGGCUCAUCUUUAAUUACCAAUAAAGGUUUGG